AUGAGGGAAGAGGUUAUCAGCUCCGGCGGUACUGUCGAUCCCACACCUGCUGCUAGUUCGGCUGGGGCAUCCUCCCCAACUGUUCCAAUGAAUGUUGGCAGCAUAGAUGGGUCAAAUCAUGGGCAAGGCUCUAAAGCUGCUUCUAUAUCAUGUGUUGGUUCGCAACCACCCUGGACUUCUGUGAGCACAAGCAUCGGUGGUUCUACUUUUGGUUCCUCAAGAUCUUCAUGUAGGCCUUGGGAAAGGGGAGAUUUAUUAAGGCGUUUGGCUACUUUUGCUCCUUUAAAUUGGCUUGGCAAGCCUCAGAUCAUCAGUUCAUUGGCUUGUGCUCAGAAAGGUUGGACAAAUAUUGGUGAGGAAAAAAUUGCAUGUGAGUCAUGUGGUGCCUGCCUGAAUUUCUCAUCAUUGUUAUCUUGGACAAGUGCCCAAGCUCAAGAUGCCAGUGAAUCCUUUGCCAGGAAGCUGGAUUCAGGGCAUAAAGCUCAUUGCCCUUGGAAAGGAAACAGCUGUCCAGAAAGUCUAGUGCAGUUCCCUCCGACUUCUCAAUCUGCCUUAAUUGGUGGCUACAAGGAUAGAUGUGAUGGACUCAUGCAAUUUCACUAUCUUCCUGUGGUAGCAAUCUCUGCAAUUGAGUUGAUGAGUGUUACUCGAGGCCCACAGAUUGAGCGCUUUCUAUCACAGUCUCAAAACUUUAUGUCAGGAGUAGACUUUAAGCCUGAUAAUAUAUCAGAGCUGGAAAGCUCUCAGGAUGAGGCAUACUGCUCAUUUACCCGUGCUCAGAAGCUCAUAAGCCUUUGUGGGUGGGAACCAAGAUGGCUCUUAAAUGUUCAAGAUUGUGAAGAACACUCUGCUCAAUCUGAAAGAAAUGGAAAUUCUUUUGGUCCAAGCAAGACUCAACUACGUCUUACUCAAGAUCCAGGGCCAAAAGCAGUUUCUACUUCUACUAAAAUGGAUGCCAGGAAGGGAAAAGCAUCUCUUAAGGAGUCUAGACUUGACUAUAGGUCACCUAUGCUUGAUUGUAGCUUAUGUGGUGCUACAGUUAGAAUUCUGGAUUUUCUGACUGUUCCUCGCCCGAGUCGUCUUGCACCCAACAAUAUAGAUAACCCUGAUACCAGUAAAAAGAUAGGAUUAACUCGUGGAGGAAGUGCAGCUAGUGGAAUCAAUGGUUGGAUUGCAGCUGAUGAUGCAGAGAAAGAUCAGGCUGAAGAUCGUGAUGAAGUUGCAACAACAAAUGAGAGGAAAACGUUGGCAAACACAGAUUUGGAUUUAAACCUUACUAUGGCUGGAGGUUUUCAUUGUCCCCCUUUUGGUAGGACAGCAACAUCUGAAAAUAUUCAUGAUGUAGACAUGGGAAGAGAUUUAAUGAUUGGUCAACCUUCAGGGAGUGAGAUUGGUGAUCGUGCAGCUUCAUAUGAAUCACGAGGGCCAAGUUCUCGUAAGAGAAAUCUUGAAAAAGGGGGAAGCUCAGAUAACAGGCCAGCUCUUAGGUUGCAGCAUCAGGCAGAUAGUGUUGAAGGAACUGUCAUCGACCGUGAUGGUGAUGAAGUUACUGAUGGUGGACAAUAUUCAGCUGGUCCUUCAAAACGUGCACGUGAGUCUGAUUUUUUUGACACUUAUUGUUCACCUCAUCAAAGAGAUUCAUCUGGCGCUGGUCCUAGCCAUUCAUUGGGUCUUGAGGGUUAUGUUGCUGGCAAUCGAGUUUCUUCAUUCCAUCAAGGUAGUGAUCGCUUAAUAGGAAUCCAGUCUACUAGAGACUCAAACCGUGCAUCAUCUGUCAUUGCAAUGGACACAAUAUAUCAUAGUAUAAAUGAUGAUUCUAUGGAAAGUGUUGAAAACUACCCUGGAGACCUUGAUGAUGUCCAUUUCCCCUCCUCUAGCACCUAUGGCAAUGUUGACAUGAAUGAAACCUCUGAGCUGAAUAACAGCAUUCAAGCUCAGCAAAGCACAUGUUUACAAACAGCAACUGAAGUUGUCCCUGGUGAAGUGGGAGUCAGCAGUACAAACUAUGGGGAUGGGAUUUUUAAUGCAGAAACUGUGACUGCUCAUGCUCGAGAUGGAAUUAGUCUUGGCAUUAGUGGAGGGAGUGUUGGAAUGUGUGCUAGUCAUGAAGCUGAAAUCCACGGGGCAGAUAUAUCUGUACACAGAACACAUAGUGUUGUUGGUGAAAUGGAACACAGGGUAGAAGAUGCUGAAAACCAGGGACAGACUGGUGAAUCUGUUCCAAAUCCAGGUCUAAUGGAUGAGGUCAUCCCAGAUGAUAUAAACAGAGACUAUCCUGUUGGUGAUAGCCAGGAGAUGAUGUCUCACUCUGCAGGAAGGGCAGACAGUGGGUCAAAAAUUGGUUGUUCUGCAAAGGCAGAAUCUGUUGAAAGUGGUGAAAAGAUUAGUCAAAGCUGCAAACUUCCUCCUGCUAAUAACAGUCGUCCAUCCCAAUCUUGCAAUGCCAUUAUCUAUUCAGACUGUGGAAAUACUAAGGAGAUCAUGAAGGAUGGUAAAUCAUCAUUCAGCAAUAAUUGUGCUCUAGUUCAAUCAGAUUUUGCCACUGCAAACCGGAUAGGUCCCCCUAAAGGAGAAAGUAACUAUGAAGAAGCUGUAGAAUUUGAUCCUAUUGUCCAUCACAACCCGUGUUGCCCUUGGGUAAACGGAAAUGUUGCUGCUGCUGGCUGUGCUAGUUCUGUUCCAAUCACUAGUAGUGAUACCAUUGUACUCAGCGGUUGGCAGUUGACUUUGGAUGCUUUGCAAUCACUAGGGAAUGUAAUUCCGACGGUACAGUCUGAGUCUGCUGCAUCUUUGUACAAGAAUGACCAGCAAGCACCUCGUAAAAAACUUCUACACAACCACUCCAUUAGCAAAAGUCAUGGUCAACCCUGA